AUGGCGAAAAAAAAGGGGGGGCGGCGCAGAGACAGGGAUGACUCCAGCGAUGAGAGAAUAGAUUCUGCCUCUUGCGCAAGCACAUCCACGCUGGCAAGCCUGCGAGAUCUGGAAAGCAAUGUACUGCAGCUGACUGAGGAGGAGGAUCCUUUCUACCGCUGCAUAGAUGCCCUGUAUGAGAAAAGGCAAGGGACAUUGAGCAGCCUGGCCAUCAGGAGUGUGCGCUAUGGCGGUCCAGUGGAGGCAGCACUGGCGGCAAGGGUUUUGGGCCUGCUGUCUCUGACACUGGGAGCUGGCGACGACAGUGAAAGGCUGCUGGAGGAGGCACAACCUGUGUUGGAGAAGGCAUCCACGGGGGGCAAGGGGGUUGCCUUGCGUGCCAUGGCUGCAGAGGCGCUGGCCAUGAUGGCCUUUGUGGGCGUGGAAGACCCAUCUGUCCUGGACGCAGUCAUGGUGCACCUGGCUGGGCUUUGGAAGGGGGCGGCGACAGGGGCGGCGACAGCCAUAAGGGCGUGGGCGCUGCUGCUGAGCACGCUGCCGGCGUACCGUCUGACAGCGCCCUUUGUGGAGACCGCUCUGGCAGCUCUGGCCGAAAGGCUGUACAGCGAGGCGACUGAAGUCCGCGCGGCUGCCGGCGAGGCCAUUGCCCUGCUCUACGACGCCGCAGGGCUGGGGGAGUUGGAGGGCGACUCGGGUGACGACUCGGGUGCAGAAACGCCAUUGGCAUCGGGCGCAAAGCGGUCACCAGGCAUGGAAGAGGUGGUGGCGCGCAUGAAGGACCUGGCGACAAACCGUGGUGACACGCUGCGCCGCUCGAAAAAGAGUCGCGCCUCUCUGCGGUCCACCUUCAGGGAGCUCUGCUCCUCUGUUGAGAGUGGCACGGUGGCAGAGAGCCGGAUAAAACUGCGGUGCGGGGACGUUCUCGUGGUGGACAGUGCCCGCGGUGCUAUGCAGCUGGCCGCCCUGCGCAGGUUCUUGGCUGAGGGCUUCCAAGUGUUUGACUUUGAACCACUGGUGGAGCAGGAGCGCUUGACGGCUGUGGAGCGCCGCCUGUUCAGGUCACCUGGCUCGGCUGCAUCAAAGUGGCGCACGCAAGAUAGGAACAGCGCACGCGCUGCCACUGCUGCCUACAAGGGAGCCAUGAUGGCGGGCAGUGAGGAAUGA